AUGGAUAAUGACAAUGGCGAUGUGGAUGACCUGGGAUCAGGGUGGUUUGAAGUGAAAAAGAAGCAUCGGUCCAGCUCAAAAUACACAUUGCAGAGGUCUUCAGGUGGUUCCAGCCAUAAAAUUCCAAACUUACCAUCACGGUCACGUGCUAACUGUAACAGUGACAGUUCAAGGUGGCAUGACAAGCCGCAACACCCACCUCCGAGCAUAAAUGCUAAUGUUGGUGUUGAUGAAUCUGGUAGUGGAGAAACAACAAAUGUUGGUGAAGGAUGCAAUGAUUUAGGCACUAGUGUCAGUGGCCUGAAUAGUGGCUUAAAUGCUUCAGCCUCAGAGGAUAUAGUUGAAAGACCUGAAGAACUGGUGGUGGCUGAAGAAACAAGUGAACCUCCCAAAACUGAUCUGGCUGAUCAUGUAGAUCCUUCACUGCCUCAUGAACCCACCACCGGUUCAGACAGUCCUGCAAAACGUGCAGAUCUUUCUCAGCAUGUAAAAUGUUCUCCCAAAACAGAGUCAGUAGGUGUUUUGUCCAAUACUCCUGUCAAGUUUGGAGACUUUGAUGAAGUUCCAGGUCUAUCAUUACCUUCAGAUUCAUUCAGAGAUAAUAAUUCUUCUAGAGGCCACAGACAUAGUGAAGAUGUUGCACAUCUAAAAAAUGUGCAAAAAGAUGCAAGUGAACUCAAAGUGGAGAUGGACACUUGUACUACAACUACAAUUGAUGAGACAUCUCCAAUUAUGGUACAGGGAACAGAGACACCCAAUGAUGAUAAGAGUAUUUCAAAUGUUAAUGGUUCAACAGCCUCAGCUGACUCUGUUUCCCUAUCCUGCUCCAAUAAUGAUCAUGAAGUUCCAGUUACAUCUUCCAUGGAAGGUAGAACAUUACUUCAUGACCAAGCACCAGUUUCUGCUUCUGCGGAUUUUGGAUCUGAAACUGCUGAGAGCAAAGAAAGAUUCAGGCAGAGGCUAUGGUGUUUUCUUUUUGAGAAUCUGAAUAGGGCUGUUGAUGAACUUUACCUCCUCUGUGAACUAGAAUGUGACAUGGAACAGAUUAAUGAAUCCAUACUUGUCCUCGAAGAAGCUAUUUCCGAUUUUCAAGAACUUAAAUCGAGAGCAGAGCAUUUUGAUAAUACCAAAAAAUCUCCUGGUGUACCAAAGGAGGGCAUGCCAAUGGCUGUGAAAGCUGACCAUAGGAGACCUCAUGCCUUGUCUUGGGAGGUCAGAAGGAUGACAAGUUCUCCACACAGGCAAGAAAUACUGUCUUCAUCUCUAGAGGCCUUCCAGAGAAUCCAAUUGGAACUGGCAUGCAAGCAGGCUGUGAGAAAAAAGAUUGCUGGUGAGAAGCUAAGUAGGGAUGCAUUCAAGUCUGGUAAAUCGUAUCCACAAAGUAUGCCUUCCUAUUCUGCAAGGAGUAGAAGAGGGUCACUAGAACCAAUAUCUGAAAUAGAGAAACACACCUUUAAGAAGGACAGGGAGUUGCCAGAAAACAAAUUUGACAGGCUCAAGUCAACCGAUGUUGUUAAAAAGAGUACAGUUCAUCUUGAAAAGGAAAAACAAAUUACAGCACCUUGGAAGUCCAUGGAUGCCUGGAAGGAGAAAAGAAACUGGGAAGAUAUACUGAAAUCUCCUGUACGGAGUUCUCGUGUUUCUCAUUCUCCUGGUGUUGGAAGAAAAGUUACAGACCGUGCUCGUGUUCUACAUGACAAGUUGAUGUCUCCUGAAAAGAAAAAAAGAAGUGCUUUGGAUAUGAAAAAAGAAGCAGAAGAAAAGCAUGCCCGAGCACUGCGAAUCAGGAGUCAACUAGAGAGCGAGAGGGUUCAGAGGCUACAGCGUACCUCUGAAAAGUUGCAUCGUGUCAAUGAGUGGCAGGCUGUGCGCAGCUCAAAACUGCGAGAAGUAAUGAAUGCACGCCAUCAACGUGGCGAAUCUCGUCACGAAGCAUAUCUUGCUCAGGUUGCAAAAAGAGCUGGUGAUGAGAGUACUAAGGUCAAUGAGGUCCGUUUUAUUACGUCACUGAAUGAAGAAAACAAGAAAUUCUUGCUGAGGCAGAAACUUCAUGACUCUGAAAUGCGGAGAGCUGAAAAGCUACAGGUGAUCAAAACAAAGCAAAAGGAGGACACUGCAAGGGAAGAAGCUGUUUUGGAACGAAGAAAGUUCCUGGAAGCUGAGAAGAUGCAGCGCCUUGCUGAAAUACAGCGCAAGAAAGAAGAAGCUAUUUUCAGAAGAGAAGAGGAGCGCAAAGCAUCUAGUGCUGCACGAGAAGCAAGGGCUGCAGAACAACAACGUCGAAAAGAGAUAAGAGCAAAAGCGCAACAAGAGGAAGCUGAACUUUUAGCCCAAAAGUUAGCUGAAAAGCUUCGUGAAAGUGAGCAGCGGCGCAAGUAUUACCUAGAACAAAUACGGGAGCGAGCCUCAAUGGAUCUUAGGGAUCAGCCUUCACCUUUUCAGCGUCGCUUUCCAAGUAAAGAUGGCCAAAACCGUUCUAGUUCUGCUAACAGCGGAGAAGAUUCACAGACAACUGGCAAUUCCAGCGCUGCAGAUUCUAUGGCUAAGUCAUCAAAUAAUGUGCUGACAAAACGAAGGAUUAAAAAGAUUCGCCAGAGAUUAAUGGCUCUAAAGCAUGAAUUUAUUGAACCAUCCAUAGGUGAAAGUACAGGAAUCACGCACAGGGCUGCUCUUGGAGCUGCCAAAGCUAAGUUAAGUAGAUGGCUUCAAGACCUUCAGAGACUUCGCCAAGCUAGAAAAGAAGUAUUUAGAAGGAAGGAUCUUGAGCUGCAUGCAUCAAGACAAGUUGGUUUGCUUGACUUCAUUAAGUCCGCAUUACCUGCAUCACAUACUUCAAAGCCUGGAGCUUGUCAAGUCACUGUCUACCUUUUGCGCCUGUUGAGAGUGUUGCUCUCACUUCCAGCUAAUCGAACUUAUUUUCUAGUACAAAAUCUUUUACCCCCAAUUAUUCCCAUGCUAUCAGCAUCACUGGAGAAUUAUAUUAAGGUGGCAGCAUCCAACUCUGGAAGUUCAAAUCUUCUGUCUAAUAAAACAUCAAUUGAGAAUACAGAGUCAUCAGGUGAAGUGUUAGAUGGAUUUUUAUGGACUGUGACCAUGAUCGUUGGCCAUGUACACAUCAAUGAUGAACAACUUCAAAUGCAGGGAGGUUUGAUAGAACUGAUUGUAGCUUAUCAAAUAAUACAUCGUCUGAGAGAUCUGUUUGCCCUUUAUGAUAGGCCACAGGUGGAAGGAUCCCCACUCCCAUCAUCUAUACUGUUUGGUCUCAACCUUUUGUCUGUCUUAACAUCGAAACCCGGAAAUUUGUCUACUAUUGAUUGGGAGUCCUGCAAAUGCAGGACACUAGGUGGAAAUAUAGUGCAAGAAUAUGAAUAUCUUAGUUCACAGGACAGUGUGGGGUGCCAAUCAAUGACACUUGAUCAAUCUGGUGAUGCCAAAUCGCCAACCAUAUACAGUGAACUGGCUGAAGAUAGCAAAUCCUGUAGACAACAUGACUUUAGCAUUCCAGUGGACAGAAAAUUGGUUGAUGAAGCUAGUAAAGACUUAUUAGUGAUCUCUGCUGGCCUGAACAACUCAGCAAUGCAACCGUCUGAUUUGGGCGUUACUACAAAGAAGCAUUCUGAAAGUCCUAGCCAGGGAGAUGAAAAUAGCACAGUGGACAGUUUUCUUGAAGGAAGAAAGGUGAAUAAUGUAUGUGCAUUGUAUCAUAGUCCUCGAAAAGGCAAUGAGACGAAUCUUAAGCAGCCUGUAAUGCUCUUACUUUCUGCAAUGGCUGAGACUGGCCUUGUUAGUCUACCAUCACUUUUGACUGCUGUGUUGCUCCAGGCAAACAACAACAGGUCAUCAUCGGAACAGACAUUGGCGAUUCUUCCGUCAAAUUUUGAAGAAGUAGCCACUGGCGUAUUGAAAGUUUUGAAUAAUGUGGCGCGUUUGGAUAUAACCCUUUUGCAGCACAUGCUGGCUAGAUCAGAUCUAAAGAUGGAGUUCUUCCAUUUAAUCAGCUUCCUUCUGAGUCAUUGCAUGAACAAAUGGAGAGUGCCAAACGAUCAGGUUGGUUUGCUGCUUCUAGAGUCACUGCUACUUCUUGGCUACUUUUCUUUGUUCCAUGCUGGGAACCAAGCUGUUCUUCGGUGGGGAAAGAGUCCCACCAUACUUCACAAGGUGUGCGACCUGCCAUUUGUUUUCUUCAGCGACCCUGAGUUGAUGCCCAUCUUGGCUGCUGCUCUGAUCGCCGUUUGCUACAGUUGCGAUCAGAACCGAAGUGUUGUACAGCAGGAAAUAAGCACGGAUAUGCUGCGUUGCUUGCUCAAGUCCUGCCAAACUUCUGGAUCAAAUUCUCCAGAUUCCAUUGCUGUGGAUGGUUCUGGAAACAAUUCCAAUGAAAGCAUUCUGGAGAUCAGGAACUCACAAGGUGACAUCCCAACAAGGAUAAGCCGCAAAAUUGGACGGCCAGUUGUUGGGAAGGGUAUUUCAGGGGGCAUCAGGUUCAACAGAAAUAAGGUUCAAAAGGAUGGUAGGGGAACAAGAGCAGUUGACGAUGGGCCUCUGAAGCAAAGAGCUCAAGAAGCUUCAUCGAGCUUCAUGUUGCAUAGAAAGAUCCCAGCUUCUUUCUUGGACAGAGCCGAGGAGUUCUUCUGCAGUGAGACAUGA